CACGUGCGCGCCGAACUUCACUUUUUCACUUGUUUAGUGAACGACGUUCUCGCUGGUCGUCUGUUCCCAUGUCUAAUGCAAACUGAUACCAGCUCCGCAUGAGUACCAUCAGUAUCAUCUAUAAUAACGUACAGCGAGAUACUAUCAGCCAGAGAAAAUGAGGUUCUCAUAUAAGUUCUCCAACCUCCUUGGAGCAGUUUAUCGCCAUGGUAACCUUAGUUUUAGUUCCGAUGGAGACAGCAUCAUCAGCCCCGUUGGAAACAGAAUCUCCAAAUUUGACCUGAAGAAUAAUAAAUCAGAGACCUUUCCGAUUGAGGCUCGUAUGAACAUCUCAUGUGUGGGGUUGUCACCUGAUGGCACAACGGCAAUUAUUGUUGAUCAAGAGGGUAAUGGAAUGUUGUGCAGUCUAGUCAGCAAGACGGUUCUGCAUCAUGUCCACUUUCAUCAGCCAGUGACUGCAAUCAAAUACAGCCCUGAUGGAAAGAAAAUCGCCCUUACGAAGGAGAGAUUUGCACAAGUGUACCACGCACCAGGCAGCACAAGAGAGUUCAAUCCACUGUUGCUACACAGAACCUACUACGGUGCUUACGAUGAUACGACAUGCAUCGACUGGACAACAGACUCAAGGGUGUUUGCGGUUGGUUCGAAGGACAUGCAAACUCGUGUCUUCGCUGCAUCUGAAAUGGAGCAGUUGGUCAUCUACACCCUGGGAGGACAUAAAGAUUGUGUCGUGGGGGCCUUCUUUGAGGACAACUCACUUAAUUUGUAUAGUGUUAGCCGGAAAGGCGAGGUCCUGGUGUGGGAAUGUGAUACAGAACUACAUGAGCUACGACCCAUGGAGAAGCGCCCAGCUAGUAAUCUUGGCAACAAGGCUGAAAGACCCCUGUCUGCUAAAAAGAGAGCAGCGGAGACCGUUGUGAAAGAAGGAAGCAAGGCUUUGUACAAGAGACUAGCGAGGCAUUUCUUGAAUAAGGAAGGCGACUUCACGCAUCUAACAUGCGCCGACUUUCACAAAAAGAACCACAUGUUGGUGACGGGAUUCGAAUCUGGAACAUUUCACAUUCACGAGCUGCCUGAAUGUACGCUAAUUCAUUCGCUCAGUAUAUCCAACCAGUGUAUAGCGGCAGUGUGUUUCAAUCAGCCUGGGGACUGGAUUGCGUUUGGCUGUUCCGGUCUCGGUCAGUUACUGGUCUGGGAGUGGCAGAGUGAGUGCUACGUCCUGAAACAACAGGGCCAUCAUAACAACAUGACCUGCUUGGACUUCUCACCGGACGGUCAACUCUUAGCCACUGGUGGUCAGGACGGAAAGGUAAAGGUGUGGAACAGCAGUAGCGGGUUAUGCUUUGUGACAUUCACUGAACACACAGCCACAAUCACAGGGAUUACCAUCAGUGGUAAAGCAGGGAAGGUUAUCGUGUCUGCUUCACUCGACGGCACAGUCAGAGCGUUUGAUCUACACAGAUAUCGUAACUUCCGUACCUUCACCUCGCCCCACCCCGCCCAGUUUGCAUGCUUGGGUGUGGAUUCUAGCGGCGAGCUGAUCGCUGCCGGUGCACAGGAUAGCUUUGAGAUCUUCCUCUGGUCAAUGCAAACUGGCAGAUUGCUAGAGGUUCUUGCGGGUCAUGAAGGUCCAAUUUCAUGCCUGAGUUUCAGCUCGGCGGCGGACAUGUUGGCCAGUGCAUCAUGGGAUAAGACGGUCAAACUCUGGAAUGUUUAUCAGCACAAAGGAGCCCGAGAGACGUUACAGGUCAUGGCUGAUGCUCUUGCAGUUUGCUUUAGCCCUGACGGUCACCAGCUGGCCGUAGCUACUCUGGACGGUCAGAUAUCAUUCUGGGAUAUACAGACGACCACUCAGACUGGAUCAGUAGAGGGAAAGCAUGACCUCGGCGGGGGGAGGAGAGAGGGUGAUAUGGUGACUGCAAAAACAUCAGCGGCAGCGAGAUCUUUUAACACAUUGUGCUAUUCGGCUGACGGGACGUGCAUUUUGGCUGCGGGUAAAUCCAAGAACAUCUGUAUCUACAAUAUCCAAGAGCAGAUACUGAUGAAGAGGUUUCAGGUGUCGUGUAAUCUCUCUCUGGAUGCGAUGGAGGAGUUUCUGAAUCGGCGUAAGAUGACUGAGUUUGGAAACGUUGCUCUAAUCGACGGUGAGGAGGACCACUCUCAAGCACUCAGUCUACCCGGUGUGACCAAGGGCGAUAUGAGCUCACGCUUCUUCAAGCCGGAGGUCAAUGUGUCAGGGGUCAAAUUCUCACCCACGGGGAGACAGUUUGCAGCGACCACAACAGAAGGCUUACUUGUCUACUCACUUGACAACAGCCUGACCUUUGACCCCUUUGAUUUGACACUGGAGAUCACGCCGAAGCUGGUGCGGGAGACGUUACAGCGCGAGGAAUGGAGCAGCGCCCUCAUGCUCAGCUUCCGUCUUAACGAAACGAGGUUAAUACAGGAGAUUGUCGAAUCUAUCCCGUUUGAGCAAGUUGAGUCAGUGUGCCAGAGUUUGCCCAUGGCGUACACCGAGAAGAUGCUGAGUUUCCUGACUACUCAACUGGACACCUCGGCUCACCUCGAGUUCUACCUGACCUGGUGUGAGCGUCUACUCACCUUGUACUGCCCUAGAUUCCAGACUCAGUCGAGUUCCACGCAGGCGCUGCUCAGAGCCCUGCAGAAGAGUCUCACAAGGAAACAUCAAGAUCUUGGAAAGCUGUAA